CAAACUGGCCCCAGCUAACAACGGAGAAAGAGAGCGGACGCGCGCGUGUGUGUGUAUGUGCGUGUAUGUGGUGCUGGUUGAAAAAUCGACAGAUUUUCCAUCCUUCCGAUUACAAAUGUGCUAAUUUUGCCCGUCGCGGAUCGAAAAUCGUACCCCAAAAGACUGCUAAGGCGCCUCCGGUGUGAAGAUUUCGCGUUCACGUUCGCGUAGGAGUGAACCUCCCGAUUCCGGUCCGGUUCCCGUGCAGCAGGAUGGCCGACGCGGAUUUCGAGGAAUUUCGCCAAAACUUGGAUAAGCUGCCGCCCUACAACAAGGCUCCAGCUCCUUUCUAUUCCCUCGUCCCGGACGUGGAUCUCGAUGAGGACACACCAUCGUCCAAGAGCAGCGAUGGCUCGGACCAUGAGGACCUGAUGAGCGAUACGGACUCGGUGCUGAAGGCAACCCCCAGCAAGACGCAGCAAAUCAUUCAGAACAUCUCGACCAUUAGCACCAGCAGUAGCAGUGCCGCCGAAGAUGACGAAAUCGGCGACGGACUCAAAACUAAUACCACUGGCAAACAGGAUUUGCACGCAGAAACGAUGGCUCAGGAAAAUCAAUGCUCCAUGCAGCUGGCGCUGUGCAACACGACGUCGGCACAGUUGGCGCGGACCAGUUCCUUGCCGUGGAUACCCGGGCAGGUCGAACGGCGAAGGCGCAAGCUGCCGGAGAUACCAAAAAAUAGAAAAUCUUCCGUACUGCAGCUCCUGUCCUCCGGACAGACAUCGCUGGCCGAUGAGUUGAAUGCCACCAAAAAGUCCACCCCGCAUCACACAUUCCUGAAGCAAAACUCGCUCCUGGCGCUGAAAUGUAGCUAUCUGCUCGACGAAGACUCCAGCCCGGAUUCCGAACGGCUUCAGAGCCUGGGGGACGUGGACAGUGGCCACAGUACGGCACACUCUCCAAACGACUUCAAGAGUAUGUCGCCCCCGGCUCCACAGGCUGCUUCCCCCGCCACGUCGCCCUUCCCGCCUCCGUACGGUGGAGUGCCGUUCAGUCAGUUGGAGAUGCUGGAAGCGACUCACCGGGGGCUGCACAAAUUCAUCCCACGGCAUCACGAUGAGAUCGAGGUGGAGAUUGGUGAUCCGAUCUACGUGCAAAAGGAGGCAGAAGAUUUGUGGUGCGAGGGGGUGAAUCUACGAACCGGCAGGCAGGGCAUUUUCCCAUCGGCCUACGCCGUGGAUCUCGACUAUAACGACUUUGACCCGUCGACGGUGGAGAUGAAGCGGGAACGGUAUCUGCUGGGGUAUCUGGGCUCGGUGGAAACGCUGGCCCACAAGGGCACCGGGGUGGUCUGUCAGGCUGUGAGAAAGAUUGUCGGCGAUGGAACCGAGUCACCGAAAGCACAAGCUUGUAUAUUGGAGAUUUCGGACCAGGGACUGCGGAUGGUCGAUCGGUCGAGGAACAAAAAGGACAAACGACCUUGCAUCGACUAUUUCUACUCGCUGAAGAACGUGUCGUUCUGUGCGUUUCACCCGCGGGACCACCGGUACAUUGGAUUCAUCACCAAACAUCCGACGGUGCAGCGCUUCGCGUGCCACGUGUUCCAGGGCACUGAAUCGACGCGACCCGUCGCCGAAGCUGUUGGGAGGGCUUUUCAACGAUUCUAUCAGAAGUUCAUAGAAACUGCAUAUCCAAUCGAGGACAUCUACAUAGAGUAAGCAGGAUCCACAACCACAUUCGUUCGGUGAAGAAGAAGUUAAAGGCAAGAAGAGAACUAUUCAACCAAAGAGUAUUGUUAUCUCAUUCAUGGAACACAAGAAACAAUUUUUGGCUUAUAUAGUUUCCUUUUGAUAUUGAAGCAUUUACCAGGAAAAGAAAGAAGAGCAGAGCAUACAGUUUAGUCGCUAGUCAUGCAAAUUGAAAAAAAAUAUCCUAUCUUUAUCUUCUCUAUAUCUAAAUUUCGGAUGUUCGCAAGAAGGCAAUAGUUUUAAAAAGGGAACCGGUCAUUCAGACUGAGUGCAAGCAAAGAGAUUCUUCCAGAAAGUUGUUCCAUUCAAACUCAUUUCGUCAUUCGUAUCUGUGAAUUUAACGACAGAGCUUUUAGAUCACUCCAUCAGCUUACUCAUCAAUCGAAGUAGUCAGAUAAUAAAAAAAAAAAAAAAACAAAAAUCACAGCCUACUUUCUCGAACAACUUUUGUUGUCAACUGCUAGUGAUGCUAGAAAGGAUGUAGUGCUAGAACAAUGCUCAUUGUUGUUUACAUUAUUUCACAUCGGAAGGAGAGCCACGUUCUCGAAAGUUUGAAAAACUCUGAUAAUACAUGAUUGCAAACAAGCAGUAUAUUCUUGAUAGAAACUGAAUGUAAGGUUAAUUAUUUCUGUACAUACUAGACUAAAUUUGUAAAGCAGACAGCAGAAGAAAAAUGAUAUUUUUAUGAAGAGGAUUGAAACGAGCAGCAACAGAACAACAACAUAAACAAAAACAAACGAAAGUUCAGCUGAACGCAUCGGAAAGUUGCCUAAGGUCUUUCUAAGGUCAUACCGGAUGUAGGACUGUAAGUUUUCUUUUCUACACUGCUACCACUUAUAAUCAAAAAUUAGCAUUUCGAAACUGAAACUUUGAAGCAAAUGCAGUUAAAAACAUAUUCCAAUCCAAGUGAUACUGAAAAAUACGAACUGUCAUUCCGUUGAUUGACGUUUUCGCUUAAGUUUGUUUUGCCUGUUUUCUUUUUCGUUGCUAUUGGCCAGCGGGUUUUGUGUUGCCAUGAUGCAAGUGCUUGAGAGCUAGAGUUCAAUACAAUAAAGUCAGAAAAUUGCAAACGAGUGAGCCGCACUGAUGUGGCAGAAUGAGUUUCAGAGUAAUAGAGCGAGUUGCGAGCGAAUGAGCGAUAAGGCAUUCAACAAGGUAUAUAUAGUUAAAUCAUAAAUAUUUCAUGAUAUUACCGAAAAACAAUGUUAUCAUCAUAUGUAAUCCAAGCAAAAAUUUAAAACGUUACACCAGAGUAACACGAAAAACAUACACAUUCAUUCGAAUAAAAAAAAAACUAAAGAAACAAAUACUCAAAAACUGUUAUGUAUAGAAUAAAAUGCUUUAUCAUUUAUAUUCUGACAUUCACAGCAACUAAAGACAUUGAGGUAAAUGAUUGUAUGAUCCGUAAAAUUGAUAUGAUUUUAGUAUUAAAUGUUAUAAAAAAAGCCCAAUUAUACAUCAUAUGAUAAACAAAAGGAAAACCAAAAACAAAGAAAGAUCCGAAUCAAUCGAUUCACAGUCACAGUAAAACACAAUCUCACCACAAAUUACUACUUCUGCUGCUACUACACAGAGAACUAAGGGAAAAGUUUAUCAAACCACUCAAACUUCACACCAUAUUCAAACACAAGCAAAUACAUACGGAGUUCUUUUUUUUUUCGAACAAUAAUAGAAAGCAAAAGCAAAUGAUUAUAAUGACACAAAUGAACGACGUUUAAAAAAAAAGAAAACAACAACCAAAUUUCCUCUGAUGCAAUAAUACCACUACACAACACUCUAGUAGAACCACGUGGAAAUAGAGAGACAUCAGCAGACCCAAUAAUGAAACCUAUUAUGAGAAAUAAAACUGCAUUUGAAGAAUGAA